ACUGAUUAUUAUUAUUAUUUUUUGAAAGUCCGCAGACACGUCGUCCGCUUGUCGUUGUCUCUGUACAGCUCGUGUUACAACAGCGUGAAAAAAUGGUGCUCGACCUGGACUUGUUUCGGACAGAAAAGGGUGGCAACCCAGACCGGAUUCGCGAAAACCAAAAGAAACGUUUCAAAGACCCGAACUUGGUGGACCAAGUCGUCGACGCUGACGGCAAGUGGCGACAGCUGCGUUUCAAGGCGGACAAUCUAAACAAGUUGAAAAAUCUCUGCAGCAAAACCAUUGGUGAGAAGAUCAAAUCCAAGGAACCGCAGCCUGCCGAUGGUGGUGAUGUGGCGUCCGAUUUCAAUUUGGACACGAUCACUGUCGACGUUUUGAAACCGUUAUCGGUAGAACAAAUCAAAAAAGUGCGCGUACUCAUCGACAAUGCGUUGAUCCAAAACGAUAAGGACCUGCUUGACGUAGAGAAAACAAGGAACGAUUCGUUCAAAGAAAUCAGUAAUUUUUUGCACGAAUCGGUCCCGAUAAGCAAUGACGAAGAAGAAAACGCUGUUGUUGCCACUGUCGGUGAUUGUACGGUAAAGAAGAAGUAUUCUCACAUAGACCUAAUUCACAUGAUUGACGGUGUGGAUGCUGAGGCAGGAACUACCGUAUCAGGCACCCGAGGAUAUUAUCUCAAAGGUCCAGCUGUGUUUUUACAAACCGCACUUGUACAAGAAGCCUUACGGCGAUGGGAUGACAAGGGAUACAAACCGUUGUAUACACCAUUUUUCAUGCGAAAAGAAAUUAUGCAAGAAGUUGCUCAACUAGCGCAGUUUGAUGAAGAAUUAUACAAGGUAAUUGGUAAAGGUAGUGAAAAAGUUGGUGACCAUAAUUUAGAUGAAAAAUAUUUGAUAGCAACUUCUGAACAACCCAUAGCAGCACUUCAUCGUGACCAAUGGAUACCUGAAGCUAGUUUCCCUAUUCGCUAUCUUGGAGUAUCAACAUGUUUCCGACAAGAAGUCGGAUCUCAUGGAAGGGACACAAGGGGAAUAUUCAGAGUACAUCAAUUUGAAAAAGUUGAACAAUUUGUUUUAACAUCUCCUUUUGAUAAUCAAUCUUGGAUUUUAUUUGAUGAAAUGAUUAAUAAUUCAAGACAGUUUUAUGAUGAUCUAGGUAUUGCUUACAGAGUUGUUAACAUUGUGUCAGGUGCAUUGAAUCAUGCUGCAGCCAAGAAACUCGACUUGGAAGCAUGGUUCCCUGGGUCUGGAGCAUACAGAGAAUUGGUAUCUUGCAGUAACUGUUUAGACUAUCAAUCAAGAAGAUUACUUGUGCGAUAUGGUCAAACAAAAAAAAUGAAUGAAAAAGUCGAUUAUGUGCAUAUGUUAAAUGCUACUGCAUGUGCUACAACCAGAGUGAUUUGUGCUAUUUUGGAAACUUAUCAGACCGAAACAGGAAUCAAAGUGCCAGAAAUAUUGAAAAAAUACUUGCCAACCAGAUAUCAAGAUGAGAUACCAUUUGUGAAGUCUGCCCCCAUCGACGAAGAAGAUACUAAGAAACAAAAAAAGCAGAAAGAAGGAAUGAAAAAUAAAAAAUAAUACAUUUUAAUAUUUAUAGAUAUAAUUUUUUUUUUUAUUGUUCAAUUUUCCAUUAAAAAAAAUGUUUAAUUUUACUUAAAUGAGUAAAUAAAUAAACAUGUUAUGAACAACAUAAAUUAUCUUAUUUAAUGAAUAUUUCUGAUACUAAGCAAAAAUGUUGAUGUAGGUAAUGCUUAAAAAUGUUUAAUUUAAUAUUAUACUUUUUACCUUUUUAUUUGAGCUUUGUAUUCGGUAUAAGAAUUAGAUAAGAGUGGAAUUUAAUUAAAAGAUCUUAAAUUAAUAAAGUAAUUUAUUAACAAUUUCAUUACUCUAUCUCAGUAUGUGAUUGUUAAUAUAUUAUUGCUUGUAAUACGCAAUGAUAUUUUAAUUAAAAAUAAUUUUGUACACAUUAAUUAUGAUUCUGUUUUUUUUAUUAAUCGUGAAUUAUUAUAUUGAUAGAUUAUAAAUGUAAUUUAACAUCAAUAUUAUUCAUAGGUUUCUCUUACAGUUAAUUUAAUGUAUAUGUAUUACGGAGUAUGGGAAAAUACUGGCACAUUAUAGUUAUUAUUGAAAAUAGUAUUAUAUUUUUAAUAUUAAACCUAAAUAAUAUGCUUUAUAGGAUAUAUUUUAAGCUGACUUGAAUACUAGAUACAUUGUAUGAUUCAAAAACAACAAUUUAAGCUUCCAUGUGAGAAUUUGUAGAAAUGUAAAUUAAAUUCAAGUAAGUAUUUCCAUAUGUCUUCAUUUAAGUCCCACUUUUAACAGUGAUGUUUGAUAGAUAUUAUUAAUGUUAUACAAUAUAUACAUACUUUGUGAUUCCUGCAUUACUCAAGUACCUAUGUUACUACAAUUUAUUGUGAAUCAUUAAAA